AUGGACAGGCCAAGGUUGGGAGAUCGCCAGAGGUCAAACACAAUUAUAGUCCCAAAAGGCCGCGACGUGGUCCAAACCGAAAAGCCAGCUUAUCCCCCCGAUGAUGCAAGGGCCAUGAGUCCCCGGCGCAACAGUGAAGAUAUCGAGCGACUAGAGCGUGGCGUGCGAGAGAGCCUAAAAGAACAAGCUCGAAAUCUCCAGUCCUCGCUCGCCGCGUUAGCCGAGAAGAUCGAUGAAGUUAAAUCGGAUCACGACAAACUAGAAAAUGAGAACCGUUUCCUACAAGACUAUAUCGGUGGUCUUACUCGAACAAUGUCAAAAGACAAUCUUGGUCGAAGCGCGAGCACCAGUGGGAAGAAAGGCAGACGAUGA